UCCUUCAUACUUACGUCUUUCACCAGACUUCAUCUAGCUCUCCUGACCACUCACUUAAAAUUCCUAAGGAUUUCGAUAUAUUCUCUCCCUUCUAUUUAUACCUCGUAUAUGAUGAAGCUUUUCAACCAGCACAAGGAUCCAAAUUUUCUACAAUCAAAACUCACCUGUUCUUUUAGCCUAUUGAGCUUAAUUUCUACUCUUUUUUGCAAAGAGCCGAUCCAUAAGAGAGUAUGGGUAUCCGAUUGCCUGGUGUUAUUCAAGCCAAGCAAAUUCUCCGCCAAUCUCUUCUGACUGCAAGUUCAGCAGCUUCAAAUGCUAUAAAUGUCCCAAAGGGGUACCUAGCAGUUUAUGUUGGAGAGUCUCAGAAGAGGCAAUUUUUGGUUCCAGUAUCGUACUUGAACCAACCUAUAUUUCAAGAGCUGCUACAUGGGGCUGAAGAAGAGUAUGGAUUUGAUCAUCCAAUGGGUGCCCUUACAAUUCCUUGCCCAGAAAACACCUUCCUAGACAUUACCUCUCAUUUGAGUAGUUUAUGAGUACAAAGAGCUUGUAUGUAAAGGAGGAAAAAAACAGAUCAUCAAGGAAAGUUUUGUAAAUUACGGAGCAAAUUACAUGUACAUCCUUUAUUUAUUUUCUUUUUUGGGAAAAAAUAUUCUGAAGGAAGGAAAACUCCCUAUACGAUACAUUAGACAACAAAAAGAUUGCAUUCUUUUAUGUUAAUGUUUAUCUCCUUGUUUCUUGCACA